GAAAGUUGAAACUUUCUCCAUCCGCAAUGCGCGCCCACGGCCGAAUUCUCACAAUGGAUCAGCCCAGGCCCAUUUAGGAUGGGCAUCCACAACUAAAACCGACCCGACAACGGCUUUCGGUGCUGAACAGUGAACACUCGAUGCGCUCCGACCGUCGCCUUCAGAAAAAUUUUCUGGCAUCGCAGCUUCUCAACGAUGGCCACAGUUGCAGACUCGGAAGGGAACCCAAACCCGAGGCAGAGCGAGUACGGGGCGCCGAAAACCUUUGAAGGCGGCGUUCCUUGGAUCGAGCACGCUGUCCAACAAGCUCAGCUCGCGUACAAAAUUGCUGAAGACUCUGUUGAUUCAUUCAUCGAUGCCUCCAGAUCUCGCCUCUCUCAAAUUCGAUCCACUUCGUCUGCUCACCUCCAGCAAACAAUCGAGUCGCUGAAAGAGGUAAACACAGAGUAUCAUGCGUAUGAAGAUGUCUUUUUUGGGAAGAUUAAAGAGGGUAUUCUUAUUGCGGCUUCUUAUCCCACGGUGACAUGUGCUACUGCUGUUGGCUUAGGACUUCUGGGGCUGAAAAGACCAAGGCGUUUCCUCUACCAUAAAACAUUGCACCUAUUUGUAAGUGAAGAGUCCUUGCUAAACAGAGCUGAUGCCAAAGUAAAGGAAUUGAGGAAAUCAAUUGAUCUUCUGAAAACCGAAAGUGAGAAGUUGGAGAAGAGAGCAUUGCAAGCAGAAGAGGAGAUGAAGCGGGGCAGGACAAAACUUAGACAAGCAGGAAAUCAGAUUCAAGGUGUUGUUCGCUCUGCAUACAAAAUUGAGAGACAAGCCGCUGGGCUGAAAGAUAUCCUUGGGGAGCUUCCUCGUAGAGAAGCAUUACGAUUCCGAUCACAGGUUUCCAACCUUGCUUCUGAGGCAAAGCGAGAAAGGAAUGCUUUGACAAAAGAAGUCUCAAAAAUCAGUAAUUAUGGAAUAUCUGUAUAAAGAUUCUCUGGUUCACUCUUUCCUUUUUUUACUAUGCAAUGUUGUUCCAUGAUUUCAAUUACCAGAUGAAUGUGUGUAGAGAUAGCUUCUAUAUAUUUUACACAUGAAAUAAGUGCAAUAUUUAAAGCAUUUAUACUUGAA